AUGCUCGUCCUGCCGCCGCAACAGGAUCGAGUGUGUCCCCGGCAGGCGGACGAAGCCCUCGAUGCAUCGACGGGAGGCCAGCAGGGCCGCGGCGGCGGCAAGCGAGCGUCUGGUGCGGCGGCUGCGGUGCUGCGAGGAGGCCCUGAAGGCGCACGGCAUCCAGGUCGACGACGAGCAGCCCGGCGAGACGGCCUCGCGGGAGCUUCUGCUGCCUUCACGGGCGCCUCCCCAGGGCCAGAUGAUAGUCAGCUGCAAGAUCCGGAGGUUCUGGACGCAGACGAGGAGUCGCAGUUCGACCUCGAGCAGCAGGAGAGCGAGCCCCUGAGCCUGUUUGGCGACGCCCGCUACCUCGACCUCCAUGGCCUUCACCCGCCGGCGCCGCAGCUCUUCCAGCUGUGGCAGAUCUACCUGAACAACGUCAACCCGAUAGUCAAGCUCUUCCACUCGCAGACGAUGCAGCGGAUGGUGCUCGACGCGGCCGCGGACCUGGCCAGCGUCUCCCGCAGCACCGAGGCCCUGCUCUUUGCCAUCUACACGGCAGCGGUGACCUCGACCGACGAGGAGACCUGCAUGAGGCUGCUGGGCGAGUCCAGGACCGCCCUUCUCAGCCGGUUCACCAGGGCGACCAAGCAGGCCCUGGCCAACGCCGAGUUCCUGCGGUCGACCAACAUCUUCACCCUGCAGGCGCUCACUCUCUACUUGCUGGCAACUCGGCAUACAUAUGAGCCGCACACGCUGUGGCUGUUCAUCGGCAUUGCCUCUCGCACGGCCAGGGCCAUGGGCCUGCACCGCGAGGCCAGUCUCAGGGGCUUCUCCGUCUUCGAGCAGGAGAACCGCCGGCGGCUCUGGUGGCAGAUUCUCAUCCUCGACAGCCGCUCAGCGCAGCUGUCAGGCGUCGCCGUGAACCCGGACUCGUAUCUCUUCUGGGACACCCGCUGUCCGCUCAACCUGAACGACAGCGACCUCGUCCCCUCCAUGCGAGAGCUGCCCGCCGAGUACGACGGACCGACCGAGAUGCUCUUCUGCCGCAUCCGGUUCGAGGUCGGCGAGUACAUGCGCAAGCUCAAGGCCCUCGAGCACCGUCAUGCGGAAGACAACAGUGCCGUGCGUCUUGCGGAGGAGAGCCAGCUGAUAGACGAGCUCGAGACCCGGCUGGAGGAGCGGUAUCUUAAGAAAUGCGAUCCCUCCAUCCCCUUUCACCUGCUGGCCCUCUAUCUGGGGCGAUCCUCCGUCUGCCAGAUGCGUCUCUCUCUGCACACUCGCCAGUGGUACUCGAGCAGAGGGUCUACCCUCUCCGCGGCAGAGAAGGACCAGGUCUUCAGUCUGGGGCUGGAGAUCAUAGGAUACGACAAUCUCGCAUACUCGAACAAGGCCCUGCAGCCGUAUCGCUGGCACGUCGCCAUGGCCUUCCCGUUCGAGGCCCUCAUCCUCGUCCUCACCGAGCUGCUGGCCCGCUUCGAGGGGGACCUGGUCCGGCUGGCAUGGGAGCGAGUCAACCAGCUCUACGCUGACCACCCGGAGAUCAUCACCGCCGCAAGGACAAACACCCUCGUCUCGGCCCUCGUUAGCCUGACCACCAGGGCGUGGGACAAGCUCUCGUCCGUAGCCCAGACCUCCUCCUCGCAUCUUCUUCAGCACGCAACCGAGCCCGCGUCUGUAGCAAAACUCCGCAGCAUGCGCAGGGAUCGGCGCCCGUCCUCUCCCUCCGCCCAGAUGUCCCCCGUGCUCGACGAGUACCUCUCUUCCGCUGCUACUGUUGCAGCCGUGCGGGAUACGGGGGGAGAUCUUGUCCUUUCUGGCACCGCCGAGGAGCCGCCCGUCGACAUAUCGCAGAUCGACUGGAACUACUGGCAGGCCUUGAUAGAGGGGGAGGGCGCCCCUUUCCAACGGUAG